AUGUCGACGCUACGCGUCAGAAGACAGAAUGAACCUCAUAGCUUUCGGACUUCGAAAUCAAGGCGAAAUCAACACCAAAAUUCUGGUGCCAUUCAUUUCCAGAAUGCUGCCACUAGUUCUAGUGUUGGUGGAAUAGUGGGCACGAAUGGUCCGAAUCAGUCAAGAACAAUUGCCAACUUUCAUAAUUCAACAUAUCAUCCACCUGCCAAUGGAUUGACGACUCGAGGGACCAGCCGGUUCUGCAUCAGCAAUGAGUACGCCGGCAUUGGACAAUGGGGCUAUGGAAUGUGGAGACAGCAGUCAACUGAUAUUUACAAUAUCGAACGAGACGAAGAAUAUAGAGAAAAUUAUCUCAAAAGUAUACGAGAAUUCGGCUAUAACUAUCUUAAACCGAGUGGCAUUCGACAAACUAUGAGAUCGCUGCUCGAACGGGCAGUUCAGGGCGAUGAGGAUUUAGAUAUAUCUCGUGGUCAUAUCGAUAUAUCUGGGAUGGCUGAUCCUAAUGAACGAGAAGAGCUAGAAUUGCAGCAGGAGCAGCUAGAAGUAAGAGGUGUGGAGAACGAAGAGAACGAUCGCGCCCGUAAUGUUGCAGAGGAAGAUACCACUAAUGACGUUGGAAAUGAACGAAUGGCUAAUAUGCGGCAUGCUAUAGAUGGUGAGGAAGACGAUACAUUCCGUUCAGACCAAGAUGAAGAUGAAAAUGAAGAAGAGGUUGAUUUGGAUGCUGAUAUUCCUGAUCUGGAUGCUGAAAUACCGGAGGCGGUCGAUAACUCGUAUGAUGAUAGUUAUGACGAGGAUGAGUAUCAGGAAGGGUUCAUGGCGGAUGAAGAAUAUGGGGAUGUUGUCACAGAAAAUGAUGUACAGGACGCCGACAAUUCAGCCAGUAUGAUCAUGCCCUCUGACCAAUCUGCCAUUGGUCCUGCAAUUGCUCUCCCUGAUGAGGAUUCUUUUGUCCGACCAGUUCAUCCUAAUCAGGAUAUUGCACACGCUGAUGUGAGCUAUUCUAGCAAUGCUGGUUAUGGUCUGGAUGAUGGCGAUAGUGAGUUGGAGAUGGAUGUCAGCAAUAUGUCGUUUCAAUGA